CUCUCCAGGAACUCUACACAGCGGCUCUCUCACUCUCUCUCCUCUUCCUCUCCGCCUCGGCCCAGGCCGGAGGAGAAUGCGCCAGCACCCAGAUCCAGCCGACCGAUCCCAGAACGAAGGGGAAGGAUUUGCCAUUUAAUAAAUAUUCGUGGCUGACGACGCAUAACUCGUUUGCGGUAACGGGCGAGAAAUCGGCGACGGGUUCGAGCCUGCUCGCUCCGACGAAUCAACUGGAUACCGUCACCGCCCAGCUCAAGAAUGGAGUCAGGGGGCUAAUGCUGGAUAUGUAUGACUUCCAAAAUGAUAUUUGGUUAUGCCACUCUUUUGGAGGCAACUGCUACAACUUCACAGCCUUUCAACCAGCCAUCAAUACACUGAAAGAAAUCCAAUCCUUCCUCGAAUCAAACCCUUCUGAAGUCGUCACCAUCAUGAUCGAAGAUUAUGUCAAGUCCAAAAAUGGCCUGAGCAAAGUCUUCAACGCUUCAGGCCUCACAAAAUACUGGUUUCCAGUGUCUCAAAUGCCUAGAAAUGGUGGAGACUGGCCUUUGCUGAGCGAUAUGAUAAAAAAGAACCAAAGAUUGCUAGUGUUCACAUCGAAAAAAGCAAAGCAAGCUUCAGAGGGGAUUGCUUAUGAAUGGAACUAUAUAGUCGAGAAUCAAUAUGGCAGCGAUGGUAUGAAGGCAGGAAAAUGCCCGAAUAGAGCAGAAUCAUCUCCUAUGGAUACGAAAUCAAAAUCCCUCGUGCUCAUGAAUUAUUUUCCAGAUAAUCCUAAUGCAACGGAGGCUUGUAAGGAUAAUUCAGCCGCACUUGUUAGCAUGCUUAAUACUUGCCACACUGAUGAUGGCGACCGUUGGCCUAAUUAUAUUGCUGUUGAUUUCUACACGAAGAGUGAUGGAGGUGGAGCCGCACAAGCGACGGAUACGGCUAAUGGGCAUAUGGUUUGUGGCUGUGACAACAUUGUCUAUUGCAAGGCAAAUGCCACAUUCGGAACUUGUGAUGAUCCGCCUCCAGCACCCAGAUCGCCACCAGCAACCACGGUCACGCCUCCAGGCACUUCGUCUUUCACAUCAGAUGCUUCGAUAACAUCGACGACUUUCUUACGGGGGGAACUGAUCGCAACAUUGUCAAUUGCAGUAGUUUUGUUGUUAUGAUUUACUUUUGUAGUAUUCAAAGUUUUUUUUUUGAUCCCACGUCAUGAUUUACUUGAUAGUCGUAACAUUUUAAAUCUUUGUAAACACAAACUCAUCAAUUAUUUCCCACUAGGCAGAACAUCAGUAAAGAGAUUUUCCA